GGAGGAACCAGCGUGUGCCUAAAGCAUCCUAAUAUAAUAAACCUCAGGUACAUCUGCCCGAGCAAUCUGCAGACCCUCCCAUCUCCAAAUCCAUAGGGAUUCCAGCUCCAUCUGAUUGGACGAGGCAGCGAGGGGCGAGAACAAUGUCAUCAUUCCUGCUUAAAAAGACUGCUGCUAUGCCUCCGUGAUGGAAAGAUCGCCGCACGCGUCCAAAUAUAGAACCAGGUGUGCCUCUGAUUCCAACCCGUCUGAAGUGCCUUUCAGCUGGCGAAGAUGCCGAGGGGAUUUUUAGUCAAGAGAAAUAAGAAAGCGACACCUGUUUCGUACCGCGUCCGCUUGGAGGAGGAUGAGCAGGGCGCGUUUCCAGGCGCGCAGCAGGACGCGGCGAGCACGCACCGCCCGGCGUCGCUGCGCACGGACUCGGUGCAGCCGGUGCAGUUUGGGAACCCAGAGAUUGUGUACCUAUCUAUGUACAGCCCGACCCGACCCGUGAGCAGAGAGCACGAGAGGGCGUGUUUGGAAAGGCGCUUCAAUCUCGGCUCGCCCAUUUCGGCGGAGUCCUUCCCGGCGGCGGCCAGCGGCUCCGAUCAUGCGCCGUUCGCGCCCGUGGAUCUUAAAAUCGGCACCAGCAACAGCACGCGAACCGGCACCACAAUAACCACCAAACGGCCCGCGUCAGACGCGGAGCGCAAAGGCAAACCUGCAUCCAAGAAAGCCAAAGCCAUGCGAAAAUUGCAGUUCGAGGACGAAGUCACCACUUCCCCGGUGCUGGGACUGAAGAUCAAAGAAGGUCCGGUGGAGCAAAAACCCAGAUCUCAGUGCGCAGGCGGCGACAAGCCGCUAGGCGAGUUCGUGUGUCAGCUGUGUAGAGAAGCCUACGCCGAUCCCUUCUCUCUAGCCCAACACAAAUGCUCAAGAAUCGUCCGGAUCGAGUACAGAUGCCCAGAGUGCGACAAGCUCUUCAGCUGCCCGGCGAACCUGGCCUCGCACCGGCGGUGGCACAAACCCAAAACAGCGCCGCAGAAGCCGGAGACCAAUAAAACCCCCGCGCCUCAGAAAGAGGAGACCUCCAGCGACAGAGACACUCCGAGUCCUGGACUCUCCGAAUCCGGGUCCGAAGACGGGCUUUACGACUGCCAGCACUGCGGGAAGAGGUUCAAGCGUCAGGCGUACCUGAAGAAGCACGUGAUGGCGCACCACGACGCGUGCAACAAAUCCCAAAGCCAGGCGCCGCUGAACCUGAGCGCGUCUGAGUGCCACCUGUGCCCGGUGUGCGGAGAAAACUUCCCCAGCAGAGUGAGCCAGGAGCGGCACAUCCGUCUGCAGCACUCGGCGCAGAUCUACCCCUGCAAAUACUGCCCCGCCAUGUUCUACAGCUCGCCGGGACUCACGAGACACAUCAACAAAUGCCACCCGUCGGAAAACAGGCAGGUGAUCCUGCUUCAGAUGCCGGUGCGUCCAGCCUGCUGAAGCAAAGCUGUGCCUUAAACCAGUGCUUCGCUACCCACCUCUCGGAUCUCGCGGAAUCGGGUCGGGAAGCGCUGCAUUAACCCACAGAAGCGACCUGGAUGCGCACCAGAUGAGACUCUUUUCAAAUCUAAGGUAGUUGAUCUACAACAGGUUAGACUGUUCGCUUAUUUUUCUAGGAUCUCCGCACAAGUGUAAAAAAUAUGAAAAAUAUGUCUUUUAGACCUAAGAAAUCCUAGAACAUGCCUUGAAUUCACGGGCUGUACAUACGUUUCCAUCGUCUCUAGCUUUAAUAGAGCUUGUGAAUCUGUGGACUUUGACUGUAGCUUUCCAAACAACCUGCUGACAAGGGUUUCUCCCUUUAGUGUAGCCAGAAAUGCCUUGAAUUAG